GUCGAUGAGAUUGUUAAACACUGUAGAGACCUCAGUACCUGGUUACAUUGUAUCGACCUUUUCUUCGUAGUUAUUUCUUAAAAUACAAAUUCGGCCGAAAUUUGAAAUACUUUGAAGGUUCGAUUGAAGGUAGCGAAUAUGAGGAAGAUAGAGAUUAUAAUUUCAUAUUCAAAGAAAUGCAUCUAAUAUGUUAUUACUUGCAUCAAAUGCCAAAUCUGGAAGUUCUGCAUAUGAAAGAGCCACCAUUUGAAGCUCGUCUUUGGUCUUUUCCGAAAAACAUGAAACUGAAACAGAUCGAAUUUGAAAUCGUGUCGACUGAAUCAUUCGCCUUCCAGUUCUUAUCUCUUUUUCCCGAUUUACGGAGUGUUUCUCUUGAUAUUCGAACAGUGGAAGAUAAAGAUGAUGUUUUCGAAGUUUCCAAUGCUCACCCGAAUAUCCAAGAUUGUGCUUUACACAUUGGAAUAUUUCAGUAUCAAUGCCCAGAAGUCGACCCAAUGAAUCUAAUUAAAAGUAUUAUGGUCAAGUUCCCUAAUUGUAAAAACCUUUUCAUUCGUCUCAUGGAAAGGCUGUCGAUAACUAAUGAGGGUUUGAUCGAGACAAUCAAAGUUUUACCCAAUUUAACUCUUUUUGUCUUGGAUAUAAAGAAUUGUGGAGAUGCGAAUACUAUUGAUAUAAUUGAUAAAUACUGUAAAUCAACAGGUCGUCGAAUAUCCUUUUACUUGUUUCGCGAUGAUAGAAAAUGGAAUCACACACUUGGAACUCGAACAUAUACACAAUAUGCACUAAACGAAGAUGUUGCGAAUCAUCUCGAGGCCGACAGCAAAUUCGUUCGCUCGGAGUUUUUGCGUUGUGAAUGAAAAAAGUUGAAUUUCUCUUUAACCGAUCGAUCGAUCGGAGUUUCUUAUUACAUGAAACGAAAAGUGAAAAUUUUCAUAAUAAAAAGUAUUAUUGUUCUCGAUCUUGAUAUUAUCAUUUCAAACUUUUCAUAAAUUCAAUCAAAAGUCUCUUCCUCUCUCUCGGUUGCUAUUAACUUUAA